GUCAAUAUUGAGAUUAGCGACGAAAAUACUACUUGAAGGUGCUGCUAAGCAGUCACGGGCUAAAUACACAUUCAUUCUUUAUCAUCGUGCUCACCGCACAAUCACGAAUCGGUGAAUGAACGUGAACUCUCGUUUCAUUUUCCAACGAACUCAGACCAGGGAGCUGAUCCUACGGAGGUACGUGGACGUGGGCUGACAUAGUGCAGGACCGAGUAACAACAGCAACCAAGUUGUAUCAUAUCACAGGUGUGUCAGCAUAGCAACAUGACGGCGGUUGACCUAAACGGAGUGUGGAAAUUGGACAGGAGCGAGAAUUUCGAAGAAUUUUUAAAUAAAAUGGGAGUCAGUUGGAUGAAGAGAAAACUUAUAAACACCUUCGGAAAUAAUAUUUCGGUAACGAUAAAUCAAUCAGGGGAGGAUUUCGUGAUUACGACCAAGACACCAAAGGAUUCCAAUGAAUCGAAAUUCAAGGUUGGCCAACCAUUUAAAGGCACUAAUAAACUGACCGGGAAAGCUUUCGAGAUGAUGGCUGAAUUCGAAGCCGGUAAAUUAGUCGUGGCACCGGUUAGUGGUAAAGAUAACCCGACGAUAACCAGGGAGAUUGAUGUUGUGAAUGAUGAAAUGGUACAAACCAUGGACAUGGAUGGUGUAGUCACAAAGAGAUACUUCAAGAGGGAGUAAGAAAGGACACUGUAUUCGUAACAUAUCUGUAGGCCUAAUUCGUAGUGGCAGGGAGUCCUUGAUAGUGGGAAGAGAUUUUGGAUUCUAGUACUAUUGGCAGGGAUCACGUGACUCGGGAAAAGUACACAAAACAAAUCAAAUAAUUAUUUUUUGAAUCUCUUAUGGAUAUAAUAGGCCUAUACAUGCCUACGCCUACUCGGACUGCUUGGGGUAAAACACUCUGUUUCGUUAAGGUUUAUUAGGAGGCCUAUAAAAAGCACGAGGCAGCAGUACAUGUCAUGGCAAAAUAGUCUGUCUUUAUACAUUAUCAGAGUAUGGAAUAGUAUAGAAUAGCUAUUCUAUACUGAUAUUAUAAUGGAUACAAUGAUACAAAAUCUUAACAGUAAUGGUGGAUCAGACUGAAUGACGUAGUUUGUGUCACGCUGAUUGGUGAAUACAGUAUAUUGGACUAUGCAUCAGUGGAGAUGAAAUGCUGAAUGUAGGUUUCGAAUUGUCUGAAUUAUAAUCAGGCUGUCGUGUGAACUUUAAUCAUUCCAAAUAAAUACAAUAUUGAAAUUGUGACACCUAA